AUGCGUUUGCAGGGUAAGAUGGACGAGUAUAUCUCUGAGAGGAGGUACUGUUAUCUGUAUCCUGCUCUGCUGCUGGGAGGGGAGGUGAUCAAGCUAAUCCUUGGCGAAGAGACCAUAGAGCACGACCGCAAGACAUGGUACCUGCUAAAUGGCGGUAACUUCGUUAAUCAGUUGUUUGUGCAUCAUGGGGUGUUGUUGUGGACCCUGCUAAUGGGGUUGGUGCUGGCACUGCAAUAUCACGUACGGACGACGGAGUUUGAUCCUCUUCCACUUGACGCGCGGCAGCUAGGGCCUGUGAGGCGGCAUCCGCUCAAGAUGCUGGGCAGCAUGGCGGUGCAAACGGUGAUCAAGGUCCUUCUGGUGGUCACCGUGCUGCAGGCACUGUUCUGGUUUAUGGAUCACCUGUUCGUGUGGACAGGUGGCCGCUGCACGGUGAGCGACACGAAGGACUCUGUGGCGUGCCGCCGGCUGGGGGGCGAAUGGGUGGGGGGCUUUGACAUCAGCGGACACUUUUGCCUGGUGAUGAAUCUGAGCUUGGUGCUGUGGUUGGAGCUAACGGAGCUGCAGAGGUACAUGCAUAGCCAGGAAAUCCAGCUGCGCAAGUUCGCAUGGGCCAGGACCACGGUGCUGGGGGCGCUUGGUGUGUGGCUGGCGCUGCUUGCGAUUACGGCGAUAUACUACCAUACGUUUGUGGAGAAACUGCUGGGCACUAUUUUUGGGUAUAGCACUUCACUUGUUAUAUAUUACGUACUGCCCAGGAUUAACCGGGGACUACAUUACCUUUAA